GCCACAUUGUUGCAUUAAUUUAUACAUUCUGUCUUCUUACUUUUGCCUUUUUUCAUCUGAAUGUUAUUGAAAUAACAUUUUAAUAUAUAAAGAUUCGAGAUUUUUUUUCAUAAAUGAGGAGCUUGUUUGUAAAAUCUCAACCACUCUAAACAGGGCAUGACUGGGCAGAAAGCGUUGAAAUCGUGGGCAAGAUCAGUUGAGAGGUGUUGGUCUUGUUUUUUUCUAAUUUUUCAAUAACAAAAACAACUACUGCGUUGAAUCUCUAGUGUGAGGGCCUGCAAGGUCACGUCUGUGUGCUUGCAACAUUCUUCACAGAGGAAAAUUAUCAAACAUAAAGCAGACGACGCUCCACGGAGCUGCAUGUUUCUAUGACGCACCUGAGAAUGAAGUCCUCAUCUUCGUGUGGAAGAAGCGGGUCCAGGCUAGACUACGGCCGCAGGUUCGACUUACCGGACGACAUGGAGGAUGAAAGAGAAGACUACGGUGUCGGAGGAGCAAUGUUGCCGAUUUUCCUCAACGACUUGAGACAGAACAACGGAGAGGACCUCGUUGAGGUUACAUUGGAGCUGGACCAAGACUCUAUAGUCGUUUGCAGUGUUUCUCCCACUCCCACAGGAGAAGAGAACGAAACAACCCCUGCAACGGGUAUUUUCGGAAGAAGCCUGUCGGCAACGUCUAUAAUCCGACGGAAAUUCGCGUGGCUAAGAUCGGUUUCGACAAGAACAUCGACGUCGGAGGUGGAAGACAGCGCUAUGACCGCACGUGAUGCGAGACGAAUCAAGGCCAAGCUUCAAAGAGCGACAUCAAGCGCGCAGAGAGCACUCAAAGGGCUCAGAUUCAUAAACAAGACAACUGGAACAAACGACACCGACGAUCAGUGGAGAAAAGUGGAGUCGAGGUUCAAGUCCCUGGCCAAGGACGGAUUACUUGCACGAGAAGAUUUCGGCGAAUGCAUAGGAAUGGUGGAUUCGAAGGAGUUCACGGUGGGGAUUUUUGAUGCAUUGGCGAGGAGAAGGAGACAAAAGAUUGCGAGAAUAACGAAGGAAGAGCUUCACGAUUUCUGGUUGCAGGUUUCCGACCAGAGCUUCGACGCGCGCCUCCAGAUUUUCUUUGACAUGGCUGAUAGUAAUGAAGAUGGAAGAAUUACAAGAGAAGAAGUGCAGGAGCUUAUAAUGCUUAGUGCUUCAGCAAACAAGCUUUCCAAGCUGAAAGAACAAGCAGAAGAAUAUGCUGCAUUAAUCAUGGAAGAAUUGGAUCCUGAAAAUCUUGGAUAUAUUGAGUUAUGGCAGCUGGAAACUCUUCUCCUCCAAAGGGACAACUACAUGAACUACAGCAGACCACUCAGCACGGCUAGUGGUGUAGGCCGGAGUCAGAACGUGAGCUCAUUCAGACCUAAAAAUGUGAUCCGGAGAGCAAGCUUAACUCUACGGUGUCUGAUACUAGAAAACUGGAGAAGGGGCUGGGUUUUGUUGCUCUGGAUGAUGGCAAUGGCUUCUCUAUUUGUCUGGAAAUUUUUCCAGUACAAAAACAUGGCGGCCUUUCAUGUCAUGGGAUACUGCUUGUGCACUGCCAAAGGAGCUGCAGAGACUCUCAAGCUCAACAUGGCUCUGAUUCUUUUACCUGUUUGUAGAAACACAUUGACAAGGCUCCGGUCCACCAGAGCAAGGUCCUUUGUCCCUUUUGAUGACAACAUUAAUUUUCACAAGAUGAUUGCUUGUGCCAUAGUCAUUGGGAUCUUAGUUCAUGCUGGAAUACACCUAUCCUGUGACUUCCCCCGCCUCAUAUACUCCUCUCCAGAAAAAUUUGCCCUGAUAUCCUCUGAUUUCAAUCGCAAAAUUCCCACAUAUAAAGAACUUUUGACUUGUGUUGAGGUCCUCACUGGGAUUUCCAUGGUGAUUUUGAUGGCCAUUGCCUUCACAUUGGCAACCAGUCAUUUUCGUAAAAAUGUAUUGAGGCUUCCUGCACCCUUCAACAGAUUGACAGGAUUCAAUGCAUUCUGGUACUCCCAUCAUCUUCUCGGUCUAGUCUACAUUUUGCUACUUGUCCAUGGAACAUUCCUGUUCUUGACCCACAAGUGGAAUCAGAAAACGACAUGGAUGUAUAUCUCCAUUCCACUGUUGCUUUACAUAGCUGAGCGCAGCAUAAGAACAUGUAGGGCAGAACAUUAUUCAGUAAAAAUAUUCAAGGUUUCAGUACUUCCAGGGAAUGUCUUAAGCUUGGUUAUGUCAAAACCACCAGGAUUCACAUAUAAAAGUGGACAAUACAUAUUUCUACAGUGUCCAUCAAUCUCCUCAUUUGAAUGGCACCCUUUUUCUAUUACCUCAGCUCCAGCAGAUGACUAUCUUAGUGUUCAUAUCCGGACAGUAGGAGACUGGACACGAGAAUUGAAGCGAGUUUUCACUGAUGUUAGCAACUCUCCCUCUGUCAUUGGUCGAGCCAAAUUUGGUAAACCAGGGCAGAUAGAUCAGCAAAUCCAACCCAAAUUGCUUAUUGAUGGUCCAUAUGGGGCUCCAGCACAAGACUACAGGAAUUAUGAUGUCUUGCUUCUUUUGGGACUUGGAAUUGGAGCUACCCCUUUUAUAAGCAUCCUUAAAGAUCUUCUAAACAAUACAAGAGCAGCAGAAGAUCAAAUGGAUUCAGUCACUGAAAUGAGUCAAAUUACUAGAUCAGAAGAAGAUAGCUGGAAUAGUUUUCCAUCAUCAAGUUUUGCUCCAGCUACAAGUUUGACACCUUCAGGAAAGAGGAAGGCAUCCAGGACUAGAAAUGCCUACUUCUACUGGGUUACCAGGGAACUUGGCUCCUUUGAAUGGUUUAAAGGAGUAAUGGAUGAAGUCGCGGAAUUGGAUCACAAAGGUCAGAUUGAGCUACACAACUACCUAACAAGUGUCUAUGAAGAGGGGGAUGCAAGAUCAACCUUAAUCACCAUGGUCCAAGCUCUCAACCAUGCUAAGCAUGGUUUUGAUAUUCUGUCAGGCACCAGAGUGAGAACACAUUUUGCUAGACCAAACUGGAAAGAAGUCUUCACAAAAGUAGCUUCAAAGCAUCCAAACACCACAAUAGGAGUGUUCUACUGCGGACUCCCAGUUUUGGCAAAGGAGUUGAAAAAGCUAUCAAGCGAGCUAAGUCACAAAACAUCAACACGAUUUGAAUUCCACAAGGAAUACUUCUAAAGAUCACCAUACAAAAUAUAGCUCUUUUUGUAACUCUUCCAAAGGAAGAAUACUUAGUUGUUCAUUGUUGUAGCUCAAAUAUAACUCAGUAAAUGAUAUAUACACAG